AUGUCUUCUACACUUCCUAAAGCUCCAGACCACCCAUUCAAAAUGCUACAACCAAAAACACGCAAACUAUCUUCAAUCCUCCCCGGCGAUGUAUCAACCUACCCGCAAAACACCGUAAUAACCAAGUACGCCCGUCUAUCACACAUCCCAUCCAUGGGCUUAGGGCUCACCGCCACCCAAGACCUUCCAGCGGGUACGACAUGGUACCUGGCAACAGUCGAUAACUACCUCCCGAUCCCUAAAAGAACCUUCACUGCCAUCCGUCAAGCUGGUAAAAGGAAUCCCGAAUGGGAAAUCUUCAAGAAAUCAAUCGAAAUAUACUCUGUAUACUCAGAACGUUGGGAUACAGUAAACUUCUCACUUGACAAUCUAAGAUUCUUGAACCAUGGGAUUGUUGAAAGAGGACAAAAAGAAGAAGACGAACAACAACAAGAAGAAGAUGGCAUGGGAAAUGUAGAUAUUGGUGGAACUGCGGUUACAGAAGAUACGAUGGUUGGGUGGAGUGCAUGGACAACUAGGGAUGUAAAGGAAGGGGAGCAGUUGGUUUUUAAUUACCUACAGUUUAAGGAUUGUCCGUGGGCGAAUGGUUGUAAGAGGUUUUUAAUGCCUGAUGGAGAUGAGGAAAUAGAUUUUGAGGCUUUGGAUAAGGAGACGGCGUGUGAAGAGGGUACUAGUAAUGUCGAGAUUUUGUUGACGAGAGAACAGUUGGGGGUUUAUGUGGAUAGUGGGCUGGAGAGGGAUAUUGAUAAGGCUUUGAUGAUGGUUAUUGCGAAGUGGGGGGUUUGGGAUGAGGGGAGAGGGGUCUUGGUUAUUAAGGUGCCAUUUGAAGUUUGA